GUGCCCGUAUUUGCUGUGUAGACAAGCUGGUCGGUCAACACAACUGGAGGAGACGCGGCGAUUUCGUCAAAACAGCCUGCGAUGGUGUGAUUCUGCCGCAGCCUCUGAUUGGCCAAUUCCGAAUGUCCCUGCAGACUGGCAACAGACCAUAAAAUAAGCAUCGUCAGUCUUCGUUUUCAACUCUCGCCAAGGCCAUUGAUAUCAGAAACCUGGAGAAGAUGGAGUCGAAUGGUGGAGUUCCCCAGACGGUCGAUCGUGGUCGUCGUGGUUCAAGCCCACUCCGGGGAUUUCCGACCGUGGACUCUCUUCCGCCCAGCAGCUCCAUUGGACGAGUCACAGCCCGCGGAUUGCGUCCUCGACCAGCGCAACCUCCCAGCCCAGGAACUCGCAGGACGUGAUGACAGUGUCGAUUUACCCCUCGUUUGCGAUAAAGAAUGGUUCAUCGGGAUGAUCAUCAGCCGGAAUGGGGUUUCGGGCCCCUCUCGAACCCCGUGAGUGGCACGAGACAUCGAUCGCCCAUCCGCAGCAGUCUCAGCGAACCGGAUACUCUCGAGCUGCAUGAGAUCCAAACUCACGAGGAAAACGACGACGAGGAGGUCUCGGGGGCUUCCAUCUCCUCGGGGGAAUAUCGAAUCACGACUCGUCGCACAGUGUCUCGUACCAGCCGAUGCAGUAGCGAAGAAAGCAAGGGGCUCUGGGGCCGUGUGAAAAGGUUUUGGACGCGGAAUGUCGUUCUGACAGUACCGCAGAAGAGCAACCGUGACCACUUUGCGCUGGAACGAACAUUUCUCGCCUACAUCCGCACCUCGGUGAUGAUUGCAAUGCAGGGAGUUUUAAUAGCACUGCUCUUUCGGCUACAACGAAGAACCGCACAGCCGAAAAAGGGACCGGGAUUCUACGAGAUUGGCAUUCCACUUUCAAUCGCGUAUCACAGUGUGGCCCUACUGGUGGCUUUAAUCGGUGCAAAUCGCUUUUGGAGACAGCAACAUGCAAUAGGGCUGGGAAAAGUACAUGUGGGCGGUUGGGAGUUGAACGUUAUAGGGUUUUUGAUAGCGGCACUUUUGAUAUCGACUUUGAUUUUGACUGUUUAUGCAAUAAUAAAUAUCGAUAAACGUCCUUUGUGAUAACGUGCCGAUGUAUAUUGCGUUCUUUAAAAAUAUUAUUACUUAAUUAAUAGGUUCUUCGCAGUGAUAUUCAACCAUCUCCCUACAGCAAGAUUAGGCUGAACAAGAGACUAGUCGACCAAGACGCAUCAUCACUAUC